UUGUUUUGAUUUCGCUGUUGUGUUGUGAUUUGUAUUUGUAUAAAGUUUUGAUGAUAAUUAAAUAUAGUUAAUGUUUCCACAGUGUAUCUAUGAUACAAAAUAAAGUUUAAAUAGUAGACACUUUACAGUUUACAGACACUAAACAAUUUACAGUUUAUAAGUAUUGUGAAUACAUACUAAAGUCUUUUUUAGCUUAAAAGUAGGAAACAGGAUCAUGUCCAUGAAAGGUUCUCCCUUUUCAAAUUCAUAUAAUAAUCAAGACUACGAAUUUGAUGAGGAUAAAUAUGAACAUGAAGAUGAGAAAGAACAACAGGAACACCAUGAUGAGAGUAAUGAAGACACAGAAGAUGCAAGUGAAACAGAUACAGGCAGGCAAGAAGAACCUCUGGAAAUUAAAGAACAAAUGUAUCAAGAUAAAUUAUCAAAUUUAAAGAAAAAGCUUCAACAAUUAAAAGAUGGUACACACCAUGAUUAUAAUAGGAAAGUACGGAAAUUAGAAUAUCAGUAUAAAGAACGUCUAAGACUAAAUGUCCUCUACAGGGAUUAUAUGAUGGAUCGAGUAGAAAAGGAAUAUCUUCUAGAAAAAAAGGCAGCUGUAAGAGAAUUUGAAGAGAAGAAAAUUGAUUUAAAAGAGAACUUAAUAUCAGAUCUUGAAGAUAAGAAAAAAACAAUAGAUGCAGAAAGAUUUUCUCUAGAAUUGACUGGAGAUUCUAUGGAGGUCAAGCCUGUAAUGACAAGAAAACUGAGAAGGAGGCCCAAUGAUCCGCUACCUAUGCCAGAAAAAAGAAGAAAACCAGUAACUGCUCAGAUAACUUAUCUUUUGGAAGAAAAAGAUAUUGAAAAUGAUUUAAGAGUAAUACAUAAGGGAAAAGUGCCAACUCCGGUUAGAAAACCAAGUGAAACAUCUUGUUCUUCUUCUAGUCCAGGACAUAUUCAGAAUCUUCCUGUGACUCCCACGUCUGAAGCAACUUCAAUAGAAACAAGAAUAGAAGAUGGAAAGUUAUUGUAUGAAAAAAGAUGGUAUCAUAGGGGACAGUCGGUAUUUGUAGAAGGUCGUGAUAUGCACAAGUUUCCAGCCAACAUUUCUGCCAUUGGUAACGAUGCAAUUUGGGUUAAGAAAUCCGAUGGAGCCAAAGUGAGGAUCUAUACUUCAUACUUAGCCAGGGGUAAAGUUUCCAUAAAGAGACGAGCUUCAUAAAAUCCCGAAGAAUGAGACCUACUUAAGUUCUUUUCAAGAAUACCCGGAGUCGUCCCUAUUAAAGUUUUCUGAACUUUAUAUUAAGAUUUAUUCCUUCUUGAAGAUACCUGAAAUGAUUCUGUAUAAAGCUUACAAAUGUGAAUUUUACUUUUAAUAAAGAAUUUUUUAUUAUA